AAUGGAGUUUUUACCUAAGUGGAAAGCCGUGGAUAUUUUUUGUCAAAUAUUUAUGUUGGUAGUUAACUUUACCUAUUGGCAUGAUACCGAUUAUGUUCAUCAAUUGUAAUUUUAGACAUCAGUGAAUUUCAUACAUCAACAAGGUGACAACAUCCAGAAUCCGCCAUGUCCAUCGACUUCGACAGUGUUGCGUUACAAACUCAACAACAACAAGAAGAGGAAGAGGAAUAUGAUCCGGAAGACUAUGCCAGGGAGCAGGAGCUGCACCGGCUCCUGACCGACCUUCCGGAUGACAUGCUAGAGGACAGCCGGGACAGCUCCUCCCCGGAGCUGGACUACUCCCCCAGCGGUGCCCGCAACACUGACCACAGAACUGCGCGUCAGUGGGAACAGCAGCCUACCUGGACUGAUCAGCACGCCGUUCCCGCUGCUGAAGAUAAUUAUGAGAAUGGCUACGAACAGGAGGCGUACGAGUACGCAGAAGGGGCGGAGAACUUCAACGGGCACGGCCGCCAACACCACCACGUGGGUCAGGAGUAUGUGAACGGGCACGGGGGGUACGCGUACCCCAGCCUGGGCACAGAUGAGUCGGCCAUCAGCAAGGACUUCUCUCCCGAAGAGGAGCACCAGCACGACGUGUACCCUCCCCAAACUGGCCACCUUGAGGAGGAAUACCAGCAUGACCCUUACCUGGCCCAGUCUGGCCACCCUGGAGCUGAGUACCACCAGCCUGAGGGACAGAGCGAGGAGCUGGACUAUGGAGACCAGACCAGCGGCAGGCCGCUCUUCCAGAAUUACGAAGGGGAGCGAGCAGCGGAGAGCAUGCCGGACCGUUACAAGGCCCACUACAACCCCGCUCAGCCCGGGAUGUUCAACCCGGAGGCGCCCCGGCAAGAUGGCCGCUUCGACCAGCUGCAGCGGCAGUUCCUGGACGCGGGUCAGGACUCCACAGAGCACCAGCAGGUGGCCCAGCUGCAGAUUCUCAACAAGGCGCUGUCCAGGCAGGGGGAGGAGCAGGAGCAGAAGCUGGAAGACUGCAGGCGCAAGAUGAGAUACCUGGAGCACCAGUUCGCUAUCGUCAAAGAUGAGAAGGAGGGUCUGGCGGUUUCCCUGAGGGAGGCGGGCCGCCUGAUGGAGGAGGCCCGGGAGCGGGAGGUGCAGCUGCAGGGGAAGGUGAAGGCCCUGGAGCUGCAGGUCCAAGUGCAGGCCGACCGGGAGCGCGAGAGCGUGAAGAAGCAGCGGGUGGCUGAGGCGGCGGUGGACAGUGUGAAGCUGCAGAUGGCGGAUCUGUGUCGCUCGGAGACGCUGUCCCGCGCGCGCGAGCAGCACGAGCGCGACCUGGUGGCCAUGAGGGAGCAGCACGAGAGCCGCACUCUGACCCUGCAGCAGAGCCUGGACUCUCUCAAACACGCCCUGGAGGAGAAGGCUGAGCUGUGCCAGAAGCUGCAGGAGCAGGUGAAGAAGGUGGAGCGGGAGAAGGAGGAGGAGAAGCUGGAGAGAGCCGGAAUCAUCAACACCCUCACACAGCGCCUGGAGGAGAGCCAGACCCAGUGUGCUCACCUGCUCCAAACAGGCACCGCCCAGGAGGUCAGCCAGCUGCGGCUCCAGCUGCAGCAAGCGCAGUCUCUGAAGAGCAUGAACGACAACAUGCACCGAUCCCUGCAGGAAGAGCUGGCCGACCUCAAGGAGCAGAUCACUCUGUACGAGUCCAGCAUCAAGCUGGGCGUGGUGGCGCUGGACUCCAACGGAGAGUGGGAAAACGAGCUGUCCGACUCCUACGUCCAUCUGGGCAUCAAAAAGGCCAACUGGAAAAACGGCAAGCUUCACAGUCACCUGUCGGCCGUGGUGUCCGACAGCAGCCUGUCCAGAGACGACCUGGUGGGGGAGCUGAAGGCAGAGCUGCAGCGCUUCCUGGCCAGUCUGAAGGGCAAGAGGAAGAAGAUCACUCACCUGCAGGAGGAGCUCAGCAAGGCUAAGAGCCACGCCCAGGACCUGCGGGGGCAGCUGGACCAGGCCGAGAAGAGCGCCCGCGACUCCAAGGUGAGGGAGACCAGUUUGGAGAAACAUCUGGAAACCUCUGGUGCAGGGCCGGCUGGGCAGGAGGCGCUGACCAGGCUGCAGAAGGAGAAGCAGCGCCUGCAGGAGACCCUGGAGAGGCAGAAGGAGGAUCUGAGGCGGAGCGAGGAGAAGCUCAAAUCGGACAAUCUGCAGCUCUGCACCAAGAUGAGGGAGAUGAUCCAGGAGUUUGACCAGGAGAAGCAGGAAGCUGCAGAGAGGUAUGAGAGGACGCAGCAGCAGUACAGGGAUGACGUGGUGAACCACGUGCGUGAGGAGCUCACCCGAGAACACGCCGCUCAGCUGGAGGAGCUUUCAGCCCAGUUUCAGCUCCGCAUCCAGCACCUGGAGGCCCAGCUGGCCGAGGGCAGUAAGGACACGCUGGCGGUGCAGGAGUGCUACAUCACCGUCUGCCGGGAGAAGGACGCUCUGGAGCAGGACCUGCGUGCCAGGAUGGAGCAGGAGAGGAAGAGCUGGGAGGAGGAGCGGGUGGAGCGGGAGUGGAGCCGGCGGUUGGAGGAGGCCCAGGGGCGGGGCGCGGCAGAGUGUGGGGGCGCGGCUCAGCACCGCGGCUCUCAGACCGACACGGCGAGCUCCCCCGAGGCACGGCUGACCUCUCAGAGGCUCCGCCUGCAGCGCGAGGCUGAUGAGGCCCGGGCGACAGCCGUGGAGGAGGCCGUCAAAAACACCAAGCUGGAGCUGCAGGACCAGCACCAGCAGGAGCUCACGCAGCAGGUUGAGAGCGCAGUGUCUGAGGCCCGCAGCAGCUGGGUACAGGAAAUGACCUCACUCCCUGAGUUUAAGGCCCGCCUCCAGACAGAGAGGCAGGAGUGGGAGAAGCAGCGGGAGGAGAACGUCGCUCAGCAGGUUGCCGUGGCGCUGAAGGAGGCGGAGCAGGGCUGGCAGCACUCCUGCCUGAAGAAGCUGGAGGAGCUGGAGGCGGAGCACCGGCAGGAGGCGGAGUCCCUGCUGCGGCAGCUGGAGCAGAGGCGCGAGGAGGAGCAGGCGGUGCUGAAGGCGGAGCUGGCCCGCGCCCGCACCUCCUGGGGCCGCCAGAAGCAGGAGGACAUGUCCCGCCUGCGCGCCCAGAACGAGCAGGACUACCGCUCCUUCCUGGAGGAGCACCGCGCCCAGCUGGAGCAGGCCCUGGCCCAGGCGCGGGAGGAGGCGGGGAGGCGCGGCGCCCAGCUCCUCCUGCAGAAGGAGGCGGACUUCCAGAGGCUGCUCAGGGCCAGGCAGGAGGAAUGGAGCUCCCAGCAGGAGCGCAGCAGCCGGGAGGAGAGGGAGCGGUACCGGGAGGAGGCGCUGGGGGAGGUGCGGGCCGCUCUGGAGGAGCUCCAGAAGCACCUCGGCGGAGGCCCCGAGAGGAAGGAGUGUGGGGAGGGGGGCAGUUCCGACAGCCUGCCAGAGGGGCCGCUGUGGGCCUGUGUUCAGGCCGGCUGCAGGAACCUGCUCGCCAAGGCUCUGGCCCAGGCCAAGCAAGAGUGGAAGAAGACGAAGCCGGGCCGGGCGUCAAAGGAGUCCCAGGACCAGCGGGAUCGAGAUACGUCCCAGAAUCCCAUGUCCCAGCCCUGCGGGCGGGGCUGUGCGGAGCGGGCGGAGCGGCUGCAGAAGCAGUGCCAGGACCUGCAGAGGCACCUGGAGAAGGCCUGCCGGCAGCUGCAGCACACCGUGCGCGAGAACAAGGCCGGCACGCUGCGGCUGAAAGAAGAGCACGCAGCGGCCGUUCAGGAGCUGGAGCAGGAGCACCUGAGGAAGCUGGGGGAAGUGAGGCAGGGCGCAGGCUCCUCUCCGUGUGGUGCUCUGCGGCGCUCUGACGGGCAGCAGUGUCUGCAGACCGGGCUGGAGGAGAUGAAGGAGCAGUACAUGAGAGCAGUGGGGAAGAUCAGAGGGGACAUGCUGAAGUACCUGCAGGAGAGUAAGGAGCGGGCGGCGGAGAUGAUUCGGCAGGAGGUCCUGCGGGAGCGGAGGGACACGGCCCGGAAGAUGAGGCGCUACUACCUGAGCUGUCUGCAGGAGCUGCUGCAGGACGCCGGGACCAGCCAGGGGGCAGAGCAGAAGAUCAUCAGCGCAGCGAGCAAACUGGCGGCCAUGACCAAAGUCCUGGAGACACCGCUGUCCAAGAGGAGGGAGGGGAGGAGUCGGCCUGCACGGAGUGCAUCAAAGGGCAAGGCAGCUACAACUGAGGACAAACUCCAGAAAUCCAUAAUCUCCCGUUCAGACCUGAGCCAAGCUGGAGGGCGGGGCGUCCCCCCCAGGCAGGACUCUGAGGGGAAGCAGACGUCCCCUGCCGCUGACGUCAAAACGACAGCACCGAUGGCCAAUGGGAUUUACGGCCUGGACAGGACCACGCCCACGGGUGAAGCUCCUGGUCAGGAUUCGCUGAAGCCCAUGAAGUGGAAGAUCCCAGAGGAGGAUGCCUUCAAAGCCCCGCCCACUCACUUCCUGUCCCGCACGGCCGGAGGCGGGGCCCCAGCGUCUGUCUGCACCGGCGACCUAACGGUAGCCAACGUCACUAUGAGAACCCGCGGCAAGGAGCUGAGUGGCGGGGACCUCCUCCAAUCAAAGGCCUGUUACACUACGGAGGCCGCCAGCGAACCGUUCCUCAUAAAGGAGACCCCCGUCAGGGACGAAGGCAGCCAGAGCGACUGGAGUACGGUCAGUGUUGGAGCGCACCUCAGCCACCUCUUCCCCAACACCGCCCGGCGUAACCCCUUCCAGCCCGACGCCUCCACGCCGCCCUCUGUCUCUGACACCGACGAGGAUGACUUCAGGCCGUUCGCCGUUCCCGCCAAGCCCGACGCCAGAGGCGUUCCCCGAGCGCCGUCCGGCCCCAGGAGCAGACCCGGGUCCCGGGAGCCCACGCCCGGGUCGGAGGGGCAGAGACUCCGCCGGUUCUGCUCCAAGAACCUCUUCUCCGAGUUCAAAGGUCAGCAGGACAGUGGCUUUGACAGCCCUCUGUCUCUCCCGCAGAAGUGAAGCC